AUGCUGAAUUUCGCCGCUUUGCCAUGAAACGCUCCAGCGCAGGCAGCUUCCAGGAUUUCUACCAGCUGCUGCAGACAGUACACCAGAUCCCGCGGGUGGAUGUGCUCCUGGGCUACACAGACAUCCAUGGUGACCUCCUGCCCAUCAACAACGACGACAACUACCACAAAGCCCUGUCCUCUGCCAACCCCCUCCUCAGGGUCAUCAUCCAGAAGAAGGCAGAGUCUGACGCUAGUGUCUUCGCCUCAAACUCCUUGCAGCGGAAGAAGAAGGGGCUGCUGCGCCCUGCACACUACCGGGCCAAGCCUCACCUGCUCAUCGGGAUGCCCCAGGACUUCCGCCAGAUCUCCUCCAUCAUCGACGUGGACAUCCUGCCCGAGACGCACCGCCGCGUGCGGCUGCACAAGCACCGCUCCGACAAGCCGCUGGGUUUCUACAUCCGCGACGGCGUCAGCGUGCGCGUGGCCCCGCAGGGCGUCGAGAAGGUGCCUGGCAUCUUCAUCUCC